GCCCAUCUUGUCUUCUACUAUCUUUGUUAUACUCCAACAUUUACAAAUGUUUUCCAAGCCUACGUCACUUCCGAAGGCGCCAAAAACAAAGAAGUGUAAAUACCUUGCAAGAAACUCUUACCACUGAAGAACCUCCUGACAUACGUAAGUCAAAGAAAUGAGCUUAUGCCACGGCAGUGCGUUAUUAACACCGACUAAAAUGUUUCAGACAAACAUAUUUGGAAAAGAACUAAAUCAUUGAAACAAAACCCUUGAGAUCUCAGCAUACAAAGAGGUCAUGUCGUCUGAACAGUCAAACAUGAAGCACCACCAUCACCACCACCACCACCAUCAUCAUCAUCACAAUAAAAAUAGCGCAGACGAAACAUGCAGUAGUAAGUUCACGGGGUCAAACGGUAACCAGAGUCCAAUAAAGCAGCUCCCGAAGGGUCGAGGAAAGGAAAGCCGGACACAGGGCAGUCCAAGGACAGCAGUUGCGUCAUCGACUCCUACCAAGAAGAGAGGCAGCAGCUCCCGUGCCAAACGCAGUGUAGGCCCGCCGAGAUGCGCCGUGAAUGGUCCCUUGUACUCAUGCCUCAACAGCCCCGCAGUGGCCUGCAAAAACUACGGUUCCAGCACGGACGAUACCCUGAAGACAGUGCGGCCCCCUAAUCCUUACACUGAACUGUUGAAGAACUUGGGUGCUGAGGAUAUCACUAAAAUGCCUGAUAUGUAUGGCCUGGCUAGUCCGGCAAAGGAGGUGAGUCCUCCACCAAGCCUGGGCCAAGACGGCGCGAAGACCACGACCACCUCGAUCACCGUCUCGACCACCACCUCGAUCACCACCACCACCUCGCCCAUCACUAGCGCCAGAGACGACCGGGGUAGCGGUGAGCCCAGGAGCGAAGCGGGAGGCGAUGGCGAAGACGAGGAGGAUGAGGAGGACGAGAAGGGCAUGCCUAAUGCCGUCCGUAUGCCCGAACCCUCAAAGAUUUGCAGAACAUCCAUCCAGGAACAAGUUAAAGAGCGCCACACUCGGGCAAUGGAGGACAUAGCUCGCAGCCAGGAGCCCGGGGAGAUUUUGGCCCACUUGCUGACCAGCGGCUACUUCAACGUGUGCUACUGGGACCACGCCCGGACCACCGUGGACAAUCUGAAUAUGAAGAACGGUAGGAAGAAAGGAGUGGAGAGACUCUAUUCACUACUGUGCAAGCGUAUCCCCAACAUGAUUGAACUACCGUAACUACAGCACAGUGUACCGCCUUUUGCAUAGGAAGAAAUAAACCAUAGAACUUUGAACCCUA